GAGGCAGCGCACAAGGAGGCGGUCGAGAACCUGGUGCAGGCGAAGGCGGCCGUGGAGGAGGCGGCGGCAGUCCUCGAGGCGGCUCGCCAGCGCCAGGCCGAGGGCCGCGAGGCGUUGGAGCAGGCCGAGCGGAUGGAACAGGUCCGCCAGAGCCAGCUGCAGCUCGUAGGCGUGGCCGCGCUCCUGAUCGCGGCCAAGUUCGAGGAGAUCAAGCCGCCCGACGUCAAGGACCUCGUCUAUUACACUGCUGAUGCCUACACCAGGCAACAGGUGGUGAAGAAGGAGCUUGACGUCUUGACCAGGCUCCGUUUCGAGGAGGGGUCGUGA